AUGGACGUGGCAUCGCUGGGAAGUCUCCCAGACGAUCUCAUUCUCGACAUUGUCCAGCAUCUGGACACGGCCCGCGAUGUGGCUCAUCUGGCCAGCGCAUCGCGACAUGCCCAUGCCGUCAUCAACCAGAGCGGGUGGCGCAGCUUCGUGAGGGCCAAGUUCCCUUCCAUCAACAUCCCCUUGGGGGCUUUGACGGGCUGGAAUGCCGUGGCAGACCGCUUGACGUAUCUCGACCGGUGCUGGGACAGUCGUGGGUUCUAUCUGACGGUGUACGGAGAGAAGCCUCCGGCGCGGACCAAGAGGAGGGAGUUUCCCAGGAGCAGACAGUCUGUCAACUUUCACUCCGUCAUUGAUGCUACGACGCUCGUGGCUACGCAGGAGGAGCUGCUGGCGUGUGGCGCUGGAGAGAACUUGAUUCUUCGACGAAAGGGCGUGAGCGGCAAGGGCCCGGAUAGCUGGAGCAAGUUGGGAGGCCGCGAGGCUGGAUAUGCAGCUGGGACGGGAGAUGUGACGGCAAUCAGCCUCAUCCAGCGCCAGCAGCUCCCGGAGGUGGUUGUUGGAAGGGCUGACGGAAGCCUUCAGCUCUUGUCUGUCGGAGAUGAGACGCUGUCGGAUGCUUCUCAGAGGUUUCUUCCCUCACACGAUGCUAAUAAUCCAUCUGGAGUGCCUCUAAGCCGAAGGUCUCCUGGGCAGAGGGCGAUUUCAUGGACCGAGUGGGAGUCCGAUGCCAAGUUGCUGGCAAGCUGCAGGAGCUCCGUCUUGACGCUUUACAACCUUUCCGAUGCCGAAGAGGCAACUCUGAAACCUGUUCUCUACUACGACGUUGCUAAGGAUGGCUCUGUCGACGAGGUUUCGCUUCUGCGCAGCGCCAAGUUCAUGGCCAACGAUGUGAUUGCUUGUAGCAUUGGUGGUAGCACUGAGCCUUUGAGAUGGGCCAAGAUGAGGCCCAGUGGAAUCGAGUUUUUCAACGCAGCAAUGAGUUCCAGGGUUAGUGGCGGUGCUUCGGCGGAUUCCAAGAGGUCGGCUGAGAAGACGACGGUUCGUGCUAUUCAGCCGGUUACAAGGAUGAAUGAUAAUCUGCUGCUCAGCGCCUGGGACGACGGAAGCCAUAGCCCUGACCUCCGAUUCUUCGACUUUCGUUUCCCGAAGCCGUAUCAUCACACUAAUGCCAUGCCUUGUUCCGGAAACACACCUCUCCCUGGACGACCCCAUCAGUACGGGGCCAUCAAUGAAGUCGAUGGACUUCAGAUCAAACCGGUCGAAGAGUGCGAUUCCUCGUCUGGUCGAUCGUGCACAUGGCACCAUCUAUCACGACAAGAUAGCUGGCGGCCAGACGCAGUCAUGCACAUCUACAGCACAUCUAUGGACCGAGUCCAUUCCUUGGCCAAAGCAUCCGACCUGUCGACGUCGUUCUACUGCGGCGUUAGGGGAGCUGUCGUAGAGGCGACGUAUUCCCUAGCUGAAGACGUAGACUUGGUAGUCUCUCGUAGGUCAUCGCCGGAAGGAUGGCAAGCCAUCGACCCCGAGGGAAGAGCGUCGUUGAUAGAGACGGGUGUUGGCCUCCGUGAUGGAGAGGCACAGCUGGAGGAGCAGACGCAGACGAGGAUGCCGGAGCUUUAUUACUAUGAGCGGUGGAGGAUUCCGGAGGGGGAGACGGAGUAUAAGAGGGAGCAAGGGAGGCGUUUGGAUCCGGCGUUGGUGACUAGCCGAAGGAGCAGAGGAUGA